GGGAAUAUAGAUACAAGAAACAAACCCCGGGAAGAGAAGCCGCAGUACAGAGAGAGGAGGGUUAUAGAGACAACUGACUCGAAAUGAUUUCCUUGGCAGAUUUAUAUGCAGUUUUCACGGCUAUGGUGCCUCUUUACGUAGCAAUGUUCUUAGCCUACGCCUCAGUAAAACGGUGGGAAAUUUUCACACCUGAACAAUGCUCAGGAAUCAACAGAUUUGUUGCGACUUUUGCAAUACCUUUCCUAGCGUUCAAUAUCAUCUCAUCCACUGAUCCUUAUAAAAUCAACUUGAAGUUCAUAUUAGCUGACACAAUGCAGAAACUAUUGAUUCUCUUUGUAUUAAUCUUGUGGGCUAAAUUCACCAGGUGGGGAAGCUUCAAUUGGAUGAUAACCCUAUUUUCUCUAUCUAUUAUGCCUAACACAUUGAUUAUAGGGAUACCUUUGUUGAGGCCGAUGUAUGGAGAAGAGUGCAUAGGGCUUUUGGUUCAAGUCGUGGUUCUUCAGUUGGUGGUGUGGUGCCCCAUCUUCUUGUGUUUGUAUGAGCUUCAUGCUGCGAAGGUGACGAUGAAUGGUAAGGUACGUUUUACAAAUGAUACAAAUGAGGGAAAGGAAGGCGACGAGAUGAUGAAUGUUGAAGUGAUUUUCAAGAAAAAGAAUACCCCAGCAGAUGAAUGCCCAGUAGGUGAUUUAGCACAUUCUAAUGAAAGAGAAGUCCAAGGGGAGGUGACCCACCCAAGAAUGACCACCACCAAUCUCUUCCUUUCGGUUUUAUCCAAGGUUAUGAAGAACCCCAAUACCUAUGGAAGUGUUUUGGGCCUCAUUUGGGGACUGAUUUCCUUUAGGUGGAACAUUAGCAUGCCAAAGAUAAUACACAAGUCUGUGUCAAUAUUGUCAGUCACCGGACUUGGCAUGGCAAUGUUCAGUCUAGGUCUUUUUAUGGGAUCUCAACGCAAGAUAAUAGCAUGUGGGAAAAGGAAGGUUAUCUUAAGCAUGGUUGUGAGAUUUAUAUUCUCAUCUACUGUAAUGGCUAUGUGUUCUAUUGCAAUUGGCAUACGGGGCAUUGCACUGAAGACUGCUAUAAUACAGGCGGCGCUUCCGCAAGGAGUGAUUACUUUUGUGUAUGCUAAAGAGUACCAAGUGCAUGAAGAAGUUUUGAGCACCGCGGUUAUUUUGGGCAUGCUUGUUUCGUUGCCGGUGGCAUUGAUCUACAAUCUCUUGUUGGGCCUUACAUGAGAGAGGGGAAAACAGAGAAAGAACUUUCAAGAAGACAUGGAAGAAGGUGAAAAUGAAGAUAUAUUGAUCAAUACUAAUUGAGGUUGAUCACAUUGGAGACAUGGCAGAGUAUACAAGCUUCCUCAAUGUUGUAUCUUUUUGUAGAAUGUGUACCCUUGAAAGAUGAAACAACAAAUGCAUACAAGUGUACAGUGUGGUCUUGCAGCACCACCCAAACAAGGUUGGCACAAGAAAGUGAAGUGUGCAUUUAAUGAAGGUGUGGUUCUUAUGAGGCAGGUCCUAAACAAACAAAGUAAGGCGCACC